GAUCCACCAGUCCACCGACUGCAGACCAACCUCGAAAUCAGUUUGUCGCGCCAUAUUCUAACGAUCGGUCGGGUUCGGUCUCCCCAAAUAAUAUUCAAAUUGUUCCAUCUCGAUCAGUUAAAUUUUAUAAUAGUCCAUUCAGCAGUUAUCCUUGCAACCAUAAACGUAGUUUCCAGAUCCAAAAGCCACCGAGUCGGGGCUAAAAUAAUGCCGCGAAUAGGCUAGAACUCCACUUUUGACGUUCUACACAAAAAUAUUAAACACUCUGGAUAUAAUAGAGAGUUUUUGAAAAAUGAGACCUAAAAGAGGAUUACACAUUUUACUGACUGCCUUGGUGGUCAGUCUUAGUCUUAGUGAAAUAAGUGGUCAAACCACCUGCAAAAAUGGCCUGGGCAGAGUGCUCUACGAAAGACUGCCGAACCAACAGCUCCAGGGCUAUGAUGAUGAUGUGGUGCGGGACACGGCCCCACCAUUCCGAGUGCUGGAGAAGUGCCAGGAUUUAUGUUUACGCGACCGCACCGGCUCUAAUAAUCUAGUACGUACUUGUACCAGCUUUGAUUUCCAACCAGGAAGUCGGAUAACCUCCUUCGGGGGCAACUCCGAAUACGAGGAGUCACUGUGUUACUUGACAUCCGAGCAAGCGGGACCCGAGGGAAUUGGAAGUCUUAUGCUAGUGCCCAACAGUGUCCACUUUAACGAGAUCUGCUUGACAUCAAGUCGUCCGGAGAGAGAGUGCCCUAGUCGGCGAUAUGUGUUCGAGAGGCAUCCCCGCAAGAAACUGAAGCUGCCCAUCAGUGACAUUAAGGAAAUAACUGCGGCCAAUCGUUCCGACUGCGAGGAUAAAUGUCUGAAUGAGUUCUCCUUUGUGUGCCGGUCGGCCAACUUUGAUUCCACCAUGCGAUCCUGCACCCUAAGCCGUUUCACCCGACGCACUCAUCCCGAACUAAUGGAAGACGAUCCCAAUUCCGAUUACCUGGAGAACACAUGUCUGAAUGCCGAGAGACGAUGCGAUGGACUGGCGGUGUUCGUCAAGGAGGAGAACAAGCGACUCGGUGGCCCAUUCGAGGUGGACAUCUUCAACAACAUGACGCUGGAGGAGUGUCAGACGAUGUGCCUGCGGGCCGAGAAAUACUUUUGCCGCUCCGUCGAGUUUGAUGAUCAAAGUAAACAGUGCAUCCUCUCGGAGGAGGACUCCAUCUCACAGAAGGAUGACAUUAGUAUCAGCUCCAGUCCCACACACCAUUUCUAUGAUCUGGUCUGCCUCGACAAUCAACGAGCCAACGAUUAUCCAGAUAACUCAGUCACCUCGCACCUCUUCUCGAGCGGCCGGCGGCCAGAUACAGCAUUCCAGCGGUACCGCAACUCCAGGCUCGGCGGCGAAUUUCACUCGGAGAUCACGGGACGUUCUUUGAGCGAGUGCCUCGACGAGUGUCUUCGCCAGACGAGCUUCCAGUGCAGGUCUGCUGUGUACAGCGAUCGUUUUCGAACUUGUCGCCUGAGUCGGUACAAUCAAAAGGAUGGCAUGCGCAUUAUAUACGAUGCUGAUUAUGAUUACUACGAGAAUCUAAUGUUGAAUGUGGUGGGCGGAGGCGCCGACGGCGAUGCCAGUGGUCACGGUGGCAGCAACGACGGCAAGCGACCCGGGGAUCAGUCGGGCAGCAACUGGAGACAGCCUAAUAAGCACGACGAUCGCUACGGACCGGGUGGAUCUCAAGCUGGGGGCGGAGCAAGCGGUGGUGGCGGCGGUGGAUUGCAUGGCGGUGGGGGUUCUGGAGGCUCCAGAUUGCCGCCAGGUGAGGGCGUCGACUAUGGCAGGCCAUACGAUCGCUAUCCGGACAUGGCUGGCAAUGAAUAUGAUCGCUAUCCAUAUGGCGGAGGCGGGGAUCGCGAUCGGUAUCCCCCCGAUCGCUAUGGCUCCCGCUAUCCCGGCGGCGCUGAUGGAAUGGGCUAUGGGCGCCCCUACGAUCGCUAUCCGGAGGAAUAUGACCGGUACCCGGGUGGUGCCAGUGGCGAUCGAGAUCGCGACCGGGAUCGGGAUCGCGAGCGCUAUCCAGGUGAUAGGGAUAGAGAUCGGUUCCCAGGCGACCGGGACAGGGAUCGCUAUCCGGAUCGUUACCCGCCGGAUCGCUACGCAGACAGAUACGGGGAUCGCCGUUAUCCGGACAGGGAAAGAGACCGGGACCGUGAGCGAGAGAGAGAUAGGCUACCCUAUCGGCCACUGCCCUAUCCCGGAAUCAAUGACAACAGCCUGCCCAGUGAUCUGCCGCACACCAGACCCUAUCCGUCGGACGAUGAUGCUCCCUUCCGGCCGUAUGGAUACGGCGGUGGACGUUACGGAGAGAACAGAUACGACAGCCGCUACCCUCCGGGUCGGUUUCCACCUGGCCGCGAACGGGACCCAGUGGGCGGAUAUACAGGAAGAGAUGCUCCGGACAGUAUUUUCCCGGACAGGCGGUACAGGCCUUCCUCUAUGGACGCACCCCGGUAUCCCUAUUUACCCGACUCCAGGGGUCCUCCGGGCAGAUACGAUGAUAUAGUUCACAGUGCCCGGAGACCCGAACCGGAUUCGGCCAAGCGGUAUCCCCCGGCUCCGAUUGCGCCCUCGGGAAGUGCCAGCAAGUAUGCUUCCUCGCCGAACCGGUUCCCGGUAGGUACCGACCGCUAUCCCAUAGAUAUCUACAAGUACGGCAAUCGAGGCGGAGCCGCAGAUAUUGGCAGGCGUCCAGGGCUAGAUCGUCCGCCGCCACCAUACUACGACUAUGAUUACGAGGAAAGGUAUGGCGAUAGGUAUGGACCCUACGACAGGGAGUACGAUGGCCCCCCAAGCAGGAGACCUCCGCCAGGUGGACCCUAUGGACGCUACGAUACUCCUUUCAAUCGUCCCUAUGGCGGAAAUGGCUUAGAUGAUCGCCCCAUUCCCCUGCCCGGCCUGGGCUUGUCCCAUCCACCGACUCCCUACGGCGGAGGAGGCGGGGGAAGCCAUGUCGGCCUUGGAGUCGGUGUCCAUUCCGGACCCCCUAGACCACCGAUCACCCGCUGCGAGGAGAGCGACAAUUUCAAGCAGAUCGCCGCCAGGCACAAGAUGCGUCGCCACUUUGUCCGACGGGCUCUGAUCGUGCCCAGUCUGAUCCAGUGCGAGAGGGAGUGCAUCGAGAGCCGGGACUUUGUGUGCCGCAGCUUCAACUACAGAGACUCGGCUGCCUCCAGCUACGAGGACAGAGAUAGGGAUCGGGAGACGCCGAACUGCGAGCUAAGCGACAGAGACUCCCGCGAACUGGACAUCCAUGAUCCGGGCACCUUCGACGCCUCCAACUACGACUUCUAUGAGCGGAGCAUCGGACGCAGCGACGGGGAGUGCAUGGAUGUGACACAGACGUGCAACGAGGAGGGCAUGGAGUUUACCAUUCGCACACCAGAGGGUUUCUUGGGACGCAUAUAUACCUAUGGCUUCUACGACCGUUGCUUCUUCCGAGGAAACGGAGGAACUGUCAAUGUUUUGAGGAUCAGCGGCCCUCAAGGGUAUCCUGAUUGUGGAACGCAAAGAUAUGGUGAUACUUUGACCAAUAUCGUGGUAGUUCAGUUCUCGCACAACGUGCAAACCAGCCGGGAUAAGCGCUAUAAUCUCACUUGCAUUUUCCGUGGACCUGGUGAAGCAGUGGUUAGCUCCGGAUACAUCGGAGCAGGAUCCGGCAGUCCUAUUCCCAUUGAGUACUUACCCGCAGAGAACACGCUCAGCUCCAAGGUGCGACUUAGCAUUCUGUAUCAGGGUAGACCAACCACCACCAUAGCUGUGGGCGAUCCUCUCACCUUCCGCCUGGAGGCCCAGGAUGGUUAUAACCAUGUGACUGACAUUUUUGCCACAAAUGUUGUGGCCAGGGACCCAUAUUCCGGUCGUAGUAUUCAACUGAUUGACCGAUUCGGUUGUCCUGUGGAUCCGUUUGUGUUCCCCGAACUGGAUAAGCUUCGCGAUGGCGACACUUUGGAGGCCCGCUUUAAUGCCUUCAAGAUACCAGAGUCCAAUUUCUUAGUAUUCGAGGCCACAGUGCGCUCCUGCCGCGAAGGAUGCCAGCCGGCGUACUGUCCAGGACCAGCGGGACGCCAAGAGCCGUCGUUUGGACGUCGGCGCAGAUCCCUGAACGAAACUGAGAUAGAGGAGCAAGUGCCCGAGCCUCAGGCUCUGGAGGGGGAAUCAAUCUUGGAGGACGUUACAGUGGUUAAUAGCACCACAGUGAGUGCCACUUUGGGACAGGCGCCUCUGAAUGAGACCCAAGUGGGUGAGAAGACCAAGGAGCCGGAGGAGCCAGAGCAAGUUCGGGAAAUGAUUGAGGUCUUUGAAACGAGGGAGGAAAUCGAAAAAGAAUCUUAUCCGCGCAAGCUAGUAGCUCCUGUGGAAACAGUUUGCAUGACUCCGGCAGAGUACCAUGGACUAAUCACAGCUAUAAUUCUACUGAUGAUUCUACUCUUUAGCAUCACCUUGGUGGCAGGACUGGGAUAUAGACGCUACUGGAAAUCCAUAUCGAAAAAUCGCCUGGUGGACCGGCACUCGCCCAUUCAUUCGUUGGGCCACUCCUCCUCCAUACGCACCCAUGAGCGCUUCACAGAGAUCGGCAAUCUGUCUGGAGGAGGAGGAGGAGGUGGAUCCAGUGGAGGAGCCGGUGGCGGAGCCAAUCAGAGCGCAUCGAAUAGAGCCCCAAACGCUUUUCGCACCAACAUGUCCAUGUUUGGCGGCUCAUUGCACAAGACAUUUGCCACGGGCAACCUGGCGCGCAUGUGCCAGCUGCCCGUGAUUAAUCCCAUGCGCACCGCCGGCCAGGGCGUCGGCCAUCAGUUCGAGGAUCCCAGCGAGCCCAUCUAUACGGAUCCCUCGCUCUUCGAGCGCUCCAGAUCGCUGCGAAGUCUGACCAUGGUGGCCGAGUCCGAAGACAACCAGGAGGUCUGAAUUCCCAUCCUCUUGUGAUUAGAUGUAAAUAAGCUAAUGGUUCAAAAACAAAGAAACAAAUAACUCCACUUAAUCAAUCUAAAAUCUAAAAUCUGACAAGUACCCACACUCUUGAUAUAUCAAUACGCUAGCUAAAUGCGUGGGGCCCUCGGAUAUAAUGGGGUCCAUCCAGUAGUCUAAGGAUCUGCACCACAGCCCAAGUAUCCAAAUAUUAUGAGCUUAUGCUCUUUAACAUAGUUUAACUAAGCCUAACCGAUGGAAACCACAAAAAAUAAGCAAUUAUUCUCUAUCUACCAGCUAAGAUAUGAAAUGCAAUAAAGCCUAAACUUAUCCAUA